AUGCUCGUUCCAUUUAUUUUAGUACUAGCGACCACGGGUGUAUUUGCCUGUGGCGGACAUGCCGACCACACGUAUGUGCCAAUGCGACGCAUGCAACCUGGUGCGACACCCAGUACAACGUGGCCCACCGUUCCUCUUGAAUGGGGAAAUAUCAAUUUUCUUCAUACGACCGAUACACAUGGCUGGUUAUUGGGUCAUCUCCAUGAGUCCCCUCCCGAACCAAACUAUUCAGGGGACUUUGGAGAUUUCGCGUCAUUUGUAGAUCAUAUGCGUAAAGAGGCAGAUAGAAGGGGGGUCGACUUGCUUGUUAUUGAUUCGGGCGAUUUGCAUGACGGAAAUGGGCUGAGCGAUGGAUUCCCUGUUGGAGGUGUGAAUGGACAAAAGUCGAACGAAUUUUUGUCCAGAUUGCCGUAUGAUGUUAUGGCUAUUGGCAAUCACGAACUCUACCAAUAUUCUGUGUCAUAUGACAUGCAUACCAACUUCGCACCCAGACUUAAAGGACGGUAUCUUUCUUCCAAUGUCAACAUCACUAUACAAGAUAAAUCGGGAAACACGGUCAGCAAACCCCUCGGCUCGAGGUUUGCUAAAUUUACCACCAAACACAAGAAAAAGAUUACUGCACUCGGAGUGAUGUUCGAAUUUACUGGAGGCAACGCUAAUACCACAGUACAAAAAGUUGCAACCAUGGUCAACGAAUCAUGGUUCAAAGAGGCGAUUAAAGAAGAGCCUGAUUUAUUCCUUCUUGCGGGACAUAUGCCUGUUCAAAAGGACAAAUGGCCUCUUGUCUUUGAUGCAAUCCGAGCAGUUCACCCAACGACCCCAAUUGUCAUCUUUGGCGGACAUACCCAUAUCCGUGAUUGUGUUCAACUGGACAAAAGGAGUAUGUCGCUCAUGAGUGGACAAUACAUGGAGACCGUCGGAUGGAUGUCUGCCGAUCUAGACGGGGUUAAGAACUCGACUGAACCCGUCAAGUUCUCAAGGAGGUACUUGGAUGCGAAUAGAAAUACGUAUCAGUUCCAUACCAAUAAGACUGGGAGAAACGGUUUCGACACCGCCAAGGGGAAGAAGAUUACCAAAGACAUGGGCCAAGUGGCCAAUGAGUGGAAUUUGACCCAAGUCUGGGGACAGGCACCACAGGAUUACUAUCUUGACCGCGUUCAAUAUCCGAACAAUGCUUCCCUACUCAACCUGCUGCGGAACAAGUUUUGCCUGCCGCACUUGCAGCCUCAAACCCGAACGGGCCAAACUUCCCCACACGUCCGUUAUCGAUACCGGCAACCAACGAUUCGACUUACCAAUGCUGCGAAACGGAGUGAGGAAGACGAAGGCUUAUUCCAGGGAGAGAUUGCGCCUCAUUUUAAAAAGUGGAAGAGGGAGCAAUAUGAGACUCAUUAUGAAACGAGGAGAGACCAAGGGUUGACGUUGGGAUACGUUACGACCGAUAGUUGCCCUGGAGUUGGCGACGAUAUCUCACACGAGCCCAUCGCUUCAUACAGUAUCCUAAAUAUAUUUCCUCCCGUUCCCGUCGAGUGUUACAGACGACACGCUCGUUGA